UCGUCGCAUACUUGUUCUGUUUCUCCUUCGAUUUUAAUUCGGUUUAGAGGAUCGAUCAAUCAGGAUUAAAUGGGUGUUACGUUCACAAAGCUUUUCAGCCAGCUUUUUGCCAAGAAGAGUAUGCGUAUUCUGAUGGUUGGUCUUGAUGCCGCUGGUAAGACUACUAUAUUGUAUAAGCUCAGGCUCGGAGAGAUCGUCUCAACUAUUCCUACCAUCGGUUUUAAUGUGGAGAACGUGGAAUACAAGAACAUCAGCUUCACUGUUUGGGAUGUCGGAGGUCAGGACAAGAUCCGUCCAUUGUGGAAGUACUACUACCAAAACACACAAGGGUUGAUCUUUGUGGUGGAUAGCAACGACAGAGAACGAAUUGUAGAAGCUCGUGAUGAGUUGCACAAGCUGAUGAAUGAGGAUGAGUUGCGAAAUGCUGUGUUGCUCAUAUUCGCAAACAAACAGGAUCUUCCUAAUGCAAUGAGUGCUGCUGAGAUCACUGACAAGCUUGGUCUUCACUCAGUCCGUAAACGCCGCUGGUACAUCCAGAGCACAUGUGCAACCUCUGGAGAAGGUCUUUAUGAGGGUCUAGAGUGGCUUUCCAGCAAUGCUGCUAACGUGGCUUGAGUUGUGGCAGUUGAAGAUUGUGUUUUGGUUGCUUAUUGUUAUGGGACCUUUGACCUUUGGCCAAUGCUGUAAUAUAACUGGUUCGGGUAUAUAUGUGCGUCUUUUCUAUUUUGUUUCAACAAGGAUUUAUAUAUUGGAUUUAAUUCACUGUGAAAUUUAAUUUUUCUAUAGUUAGUAGACAAUCUCUCUGUAUGGUGGUCUUUUUUUUUCUUUAAAGAAGAAGGUUAUAUAAUCAAAUUCUCUGUGGUAUUCUUUUUUGA